GGUGUGCAGUCGGCGGGAGACGUUGGAAGGGUACGCGAUUCGGGAAAAGGACCGACGGAGGGGGCGUUGAUGUCCGUGUGCAAUUGGCGUUUGGAAAGCGCCAGGUGAGAGAGAUCAGAUCAUUCGAUAUGGUCAUCCGUGGGCAUAGAAUUCUUAUUUUGCUUGUGUUCGUCCGAUUUGAUGUUCUCAAAGGUGGCCAAGGAUUUUUAGCUCUGAAAAGAGGUAGAUUAUAGGAGGCGGUCAUCUGUGGGAAGAUUUUUGUUUCUUUCAUUGAUUCCGAUGGGAAAGACGAGAUCUUGCUGAUCGUUAGUGGAAUAUUGGCAAAAGAGAUUCCAUUUUUGUGUGUUUUGGUUCAGAAGAUUGAUUCUGAGAGCGGUAUCCGGUUUCGCAGAUAUGGCUAUGCUUUUUAAUCUUCUCUCUUAUUGGCUUUGGGGAAGAAAAGGUCGUCAAUCUCCCGAGCAAUCACUGAGUUCUUCGUCUGAUUACCUCACGGGGUACAGGGAUCCCGAUUCUUUGAAGAUUGCAGCAGGUAACGUGCCUCAGAUCCGAUCGAAUUCGGGACGAACCGAGAGGAAGUCGCUUAGCCGGGAGCAGCAGCGAGUUGAUAAGGAGUACGACGCAGUCCUUGUCCAUUCACGUGGGGAAUGCAUGGGUGAUUUUGAUGAUCCGGAUUGGGCGAUUGGGUGGUUGGAACCGCAUGCAUCCGAGUUCCGGUCUGAGAGCGAGACGGAGAACGGCUUUGCCGUCUUGGUCCCAUGCUAUACGCGAGGUUGCUACGCGCAGGUUGAUUUCUCCAAGAAGCAUGUUUUGGGUACUAUUGGUCUCAACAACGAUGAUCAUUCUGAAGGCAAAAAGGAUAUCGAACAGUGGCUUGCAGAACAAUUGUCAGCAUGAAACAACUACAAGUAGGCUUGAUCUUUAUAGUGUUCAGUAUAAACUGAAGAUAAGAGGAUAUUGAUACUUGAGAUAAAAAAGGUGAAAAAAGAGAAAAAUGAUUAAAUAAUUAGAAUAGGAGCUGUAGGAUGUUUUGGUAUUUAAACUUGUUGCUGAACUAUCAGAGUGUAUAUUCAGAAACAAAAAAUUCAUUACAAGUUCAAGAGAAGUGAAAGUAAAGGAAGCAGCAAAGGCAUGCAACCUCGAUGGACAUUCAUAAAUAUUUCAGGACUACUUAAGUUGACAAUAUGGUUUUAUUCAUUCUUUGCUUUCUUUCCGCCUCAAAACAGAAACUUCUCUGCUGAACAAUUCAAUUGGGUGUCGUAUUAAUUAUUUUUCUACAAAUAUUGAAGUCCAGGAAGCUUGAGACUCCUUGUGGCCCGUUAGACAGCAUCUGGUCGAUAUCUUUGUAAAAUCUGGAGCUAUUUCAGUUGCAUGGAAUGGUGCUGAAUGAAUAGCAUGAAUUCUCAUCUUUGUC